AUGGAAAUGACUGACCAGAUAACGGCAUGGCAGACUGCUCAGGAUGGCCUAGACAAGCUGACCAAAGCGAGUUUUCCAAUGCCAAAACCAGGAAAGGAUGAAGUGCUGGUUGAGAUCCACGCGGUUUCUCUGAACUACCGGGAUACUGAAGUUGCUAUGGGCCUAUAUACGCACCACAAGACGAUUGGAUCUGCAAAAGUCGUGCCUUGCUCAGACAUGUGCGGCACUGUUGUUGCGAUCGGAGAUAGAAAGCCAGGGCUUUGGCAUGUUGGGGACCGAGUCUUAUCGAUCUUCAAUCAAACUCAUCUUACAGGACAGAUCAAAGAACGAGACAUGGCAUUCGGUCUUGGCCUUCCCCUUGACGGCGUGCUCCAGACAUAUCGUGUCUUCCCCGCCACUGGAUUGGUAAAGGCCCCCGAUUACCUCACCGACGAGGAAGCUUCCACUCUACCGAUUGCAGGAAUGACUGCUUGGAUGUCCCUCAAUGGUAUGAAGCCUCUCGACAAUGGACAUGGCGAUCGACAGACCGUCUUGUUGCAGGGUACCGGAGGUGUUUCUAUUGCCGGACUUCAGAUUGCUCAUGCUGCAGGCGCCAAGACAAUCAUCACGUCGUCUUCUGAUGACAAGCUCUCCCGUGCCAAGUCACUGGGUGCAACCGGUGCCAUCAACUACCGGACGCAUCCUGAAUGGGAGGAUAUUGUUAUGAGAGUCACUGAGCGCGACGGCGCCGAUAUCAUCCUUGAGACCGGUGGUGCGCAGACACUGAGGAAGUCUUUCGAUUGUAUCGCGUUCGGGGGAACUAUCGCUUGCAUCGGGUACCUCAGCGGAAAGCAAGAUGAGCCAACUGAUCGCACGAAUGUGAAUGUCCUGGCUCUUCGUCGAAAUGUCACGUUAAAAGGCAUACUGAACGGUCCCAGAGACCGAUUUGAAGAGAUGUUGCGGUUCUACGAAACGAAGAAGAUUACGCCUGUCGUGGACAAGGUGUUUGCGUUCGACGAGGCAAGAGAAGCUCUCCAGUAUCUGUACGGAGGCAGGCAUUUUGGUAAGGUUGUCAUCCGCGUCAAGACUUGA